AUGUGGCGGAUCUUACUGCUCCUCUCCCUCUGCUUUGCCUUCCAGCCGGCCAAUGGCUACGUGGAGGACUAUUACUGCGGCGAACACAACUGCUAUGACUUGCUGGAGUUGACCCGAGAUGCCACCAAGCCGGAGAUUAAGAGGAAUUUCCGUGCCAUCGCCUCCAAGACUCACCCAGACCGCUUCCAGGACCCCGAUGAGAAGAAGGCGGCCGAGGAGAGAUUCCGUAUUCUGUCCACCGCCUAUGACAUUCUCCGCGAUGACGAGGCGCGCGAGGAUUACGACUACAUGCUGGACCACCCCGAGCAGUUCUACCAGAAUGUGUAUCGGGCGUGGCGGCGACGUAUGGCUCCUCACGUCGAUGUGCGGAUUGUUCUGGCCGUCACUAUCUCCCUCAUCUCCCUCGUGCAGUACUACAAUGGCUGGACCAAGUAUGAAGAGGCCAUUAAGUACUUUGCGGUGGUGCCCAAGUACAGGCUGCAGGCGGUGGAGCUGGCCAAACAGGAGGGGCUGCUGGUGACGGACAAGAAGAAGAACAAGGGUAUGUCCAAGGAGCAGAUCAAGGAGCAGGAGGAGAAGGUCAUCAGGGAAGUUAUAAAGAGCAAGAUGGACAUACGCGGCGUUUAUGCGAAGCCAACGUAUAAGGACAUUCUGUGGGUGCAGCUUGCCUUCCUGCCCUACUGGAGCCUACAGUAUCUGGGGUGGUAUCUGCGCUGGGUGUGGAAGUUCUGGAUUUUGAAACACGACUACGGGGACGAGGAGAAGUGUUACAUCAUCCGGAAGUAUAUGGGUCUCAGUCACGGCCAGUUUGAGGUGAGGCUGAGAGAGAAUGUCCAGUAUGGUGGUGGUAGUGUGGGGUACAUUUUUGUAGACUUCUGUUACACUGGCAUUUUGUCGAGUCAGACCAUUGUGAAUGCCCCAAUCCUGGCCUUUCAGAACCUGGAUGAUCAUGUGAAGGAAGAGUACCUGGAUUUAGAGUUGUGGAAGAAGGAGAACUAUGACUCUUGGAAGGCCGAGAGGGACGCAGAACUCAAGCUGAAGAUGGCACAGUCUGGCCGCUACAAAUCUUACCGGCGGUACAUGAAGAACAACGGUCCAGGGCGCAUGUAUUUUGAUGAUUCCUAA